UUGCUCGUGAUAUUUUUUUUUGCCUACUUUAAUUUAUCUUUUUUCUUUUUGCCAAUCACAAUCUCAAAUCGUAUAUGAGUGCUGUGUAGUUUUGAUGAUCGUGAAUAAAUUGGAUUUACUUCUUUGGCGUGUUCUUGACUUAAUUACUGGAGAUAUUUUAUUGAUUUGAGAAUUAAUAGUUAAUGUUAGAUUUAGGUAACGUAUAUGAGAGGGUUUUGAGGUUUCAUACGUUAAUUUUUCUGCAAAAAAUCAGAGGAACAAGUCUAAUCAAAAUUUCAAAACUUUCAAGGACCGUAUAUUCUCUCUCAAGCAUCGCUUUGAUUCUAUUUUUGAAAUGCAAGAAUCUCUUUGAAGUGAUUUGGAAUCUGUCUCCCCAAAAAAUUAUUCUGGGAGUUUCAUAUUUCAGGCUGAUUCAUCUUAUUUAUAUAUAAACAAAUUAUAUAUAGCUAAGAUGGAUCAAAUGUCACCUGAUAACAUAAAUGGAGUCAUUUUAGCAGUGUCUUCAAGUAUUUUUAUUGGUUCUAGCUUCAUCAUCAAGAAAAAAGGUCUCAAGAAAGCCGGUGCUAGCGGUGUCCGAGCAGGUGAAGGAGGGUAUGGAUAUUUAAAGGAACCAUGGUGGUGGGCUGGAAUGAUAACAAUGAUUGUUGGGGAAGUAGCUAAUUUUGCGGCCUAUGCAUUUGCACCGGCUAUUCUUGUUACACCUUUGGGAGCUUUAAGUAUCAUAUUCAGCGCAGUGCUCGCGCAUUUUAUUUUGCAAGAGAAACUGCAUAUGUUUGGGAUACUCGGUUGCAUUCUUUGUGUUGUUGGGUCUACAACUAUAGUCUUACACGCCCCGCAUGAACAGAAAAUUGAAUCAGUCAAGCAAAUAUGGCAGCUUGCUAUCGAACCAGGUUUCCUUGUGUAUUCUGCUGUGAUUGUGGUUGUGGUGGCUAUACUGAUCUUCUACUAUGAACCGCGCUACGGGAAGACCCAUAUGAUAGUAUAUGUCGGAAUCUGUUCCUUAAUGGGUUCUCUUACUGUUAUGAGUGUCAAAGCUGUGGCGAUUGCGAUUAAACUGACAUUUUCGGGGACGAAUCAGUUCAAAUACUUCAACACUUGGAUUUUCAUUUUAGUAGUUGCAACUUGUUGCCUUUUGCAAAUCAACUACUUGAACAAGGCGUUGGAUACAUUCAAUACAGCUGUUAUUUCUCCGGUUUACUACGUUAUGUUCACAACUUUCACAAUCAUAGCUAGUAUGAUCAUGUUCAAGGAUUGGGCUUCUCAGAGUGGAUUGAAGAUUGCAACACAGUUGUGUGGGUUUGUGACGAUUUUGUCAGGAACAUUUCUGCUUCACAAGACCAAAGAUAUGGGAAACAGCGUAGGUGGAAGUGGUCGUGGUUCUGUCUCAAUGCCUACUAGAGACACUCCUGUCUUCACUAAUUCAGGAUCUGGUCGGAGCUCCAGCUCUGAUAAAGUAGCUUCCUGAUCUAACGGCCCAAAUUACUUCCUCUUAGGAACUUUUUUUUGGUUUGUUUCCCACAUGAGAAUGUAAUUUUACGAUUAAAGAGAAUUAAGAAAACAAGAUUUUUUUUCCUAAGUAGAUGUAUAAUAUUGAUGUGCAUAUAA